UUGGAGCCACAUGACACUCCUACUAUAAUCAUCUUCCUUAUUUAUAUCACCUGCCACUACUCAAACCCUAAAAUCUUUCAUCAAUUUCUCACUACAUUCUAUAUCUAUAUUCUAUAACAAUAGUUAUGGCUUCUGCUUGUCUGAAUAGUAUCUCGCCGGAGAAUCUUCUAGAUCGGUCACCCAACUAUUCUUCAUACACCUGGUUCAAUCCUCGUCUGUCAUCAUCUUCUCCGGCGAAAAAACACUCUGACCUACCGGAAAAUGUAGAUCCGGCGAAGAAAAUUUCCGAUCUACCGGAAGAUUCAGAUCUGAAAGAGUUUGAUGGUUUUGAGUUCAGCCUUCAUGAUCCUGCUACAAUGCUGCCGGCUGAUGAGCUGUUUUCCGACGGUAAACUUGUUCCGUUACAUUUAUCGGUUAUUCGUCAGGAACCUGCCACGUCAUCAUCGGUCACAGUUUCAUCAUCAUCAGGUGUAAAUGUUAAUAUUACUUGUCCAGAUACGCCGUUUUCUCGCCGUACAAUCGCCGCCGGCGAUUCAUUCGCCGCUGAUCCGUACUUGUUUUCUCCUAGAGCGCCACGGUGUUCCAGCCGUUGGAGAGAGCUUUUAGGUUUCGGUAAUAAACGAGCUAAUUCGUUACCGUCAUCUCUUAACGGUAACAACUCUGUAACCGGAGUCAACGGAACUAACGGAGUUAACGCAGCAAGUAGGUCUAUCAGACAGUUUCUUCACCGAAGUUCAAAAUCAUCAGAUGCAUCGUCAUCUUCAUUACUUAAUCCUUUGCUAAAAGAUUUAGAUACAGAAUCUGUAUCUAUAUCUUCACGUCCGUCAUUAUCUUCAUCCUCUUCAGGUCAUGAUUUAGACGACUUACCUCGUCUCUCUCUAGAUUCCGAUAAACCUUCAAAAGUCAACAUCAACACAUCAAACCGUCCAAAAACCAGGCUAGUGAAAUGCAGAACCGAUCAACGCGCCGCCACACGCGUCGGAAAAGCCACUCACCGCCGUUCAGCCGAUACAACCGCCGCAGCAACAGCAACUGACCGUGGCGUAUCGAUAGAUAGUCCGAGAAUGAAUUCAUCAGGCAAAAUAGUUUUUCAUAGUUUGGAAAGAAGCUCAAGUAGUCCGAGUAGCUUAAACGGAGCUCCGAGAUUUAAGCAUAGAGGUAUGGAGAGAUCUUAUUCGGCUAACGUCAGAAUCACGCCGGUGUUAAACGUCCCGGUGUGUUCUCUCCGUGGCGGUUCAAAAUCCGGCGGUGUUUUCGGUUUUCCGAUAUUUUCAUCUCAACAGAAAAGAGAAGGUUCUAGUAAUAACAAUGCUAAUAUCUCCGGUCAAAACAGAAGUCAACGAUUCAUGAAUUCCAAAUCUCAAAAAGAUUGAUUUUAAUUUAAUUGAUCCGAGAUGUUUAUUUUUAUAAAAAAAAUGGAAAAUCUGAUUUAGCUUUCUUUUUAGGACUUUUUUUUUCCAGUCAAUGCAAGUUAGUUAGUGUAGGAUGAUAGCAUUAGGCAUCUAGCUUACUAGGUCUAGCAUAAUAUUUUUUUUUUCUUUUUGUUUUUAAUUUUGUUUUGUUAUUUAUGAGUUAUAUAUGUAUCUAUUUUUGGUUUUAACGGAUGAUUAUGAUUUCUUAUA